AUGCCAGAAGGCAAUCCUAAUAUUCAUACAAAACAAGAGAUUAUUGAAUUUUGGAAUUCUAUAGAAUCACUUUUAACUAUUAAAGAUGAAAUAUCAGAUCAAGAAGCAAAUACAGUAUUAGUAGCUUAUAUUACAAGGGCUUCCAAAAGUUUCCAUGAUUUCUUAAAGACAGAUAGAGAUUUGUAUCGAAUGGUACUCACAUUAACAGAAUCUGAUUUAUGGUUGAAAACAAGACAAUUUUGCAUAUCUAAAUUAUUAUCUCUAUUAAAUGUAGACCUUUUGGAUAUGCAAAUGAAAUUUACAAUAGUUUAUAUCUUACUAUGGGAAGCAAAACAAAAUUUAGAUUCAUUAGAUUUAAUGUUAGAGUAUCAAGGGUUCAAUGUAUUUUAUAAUACUCUAUAUACUCAAUUUGCAUAUUUACAAAAGUAUCCAACAAAGUCUCAAGAUAACGAUAAUAAUAAUAAUAUGGAUCAAGAAAUUUCAGAUAUUGAAAUUUCAAUUAUUGAUGAAAUGAAAAAAAUUUCUACAUUUUUAAUGGAUUUAUUAUUUAUCAUUUUUAAAUAUAAUAAAUGCCAAGUGGCAAAUAUUCAAAUCAUUGAUGAUUUUUUCAUUUAUUUCUUAAUUAAUACUGUCCGUUCAGAUUUAACUGAUGAUUUAUAUAACAACGCUUUGUUUAAAUUAAUUCUUUCAUUAAAUGAACAAUAUAUCAUCAUUGCAAGAACUUAUGAGAUUGAUAACAAAAUCUUUAAGUAUUUAAUCUCUCAUACUUCAAACUCAAUGGAAUUCAUAGAAUUAUUAUUAUUAAAAUUUAAUCGUAUGAUGGAUAGACCUUUACAAAUAAUGAUGUGUAAAAUCCUUUAUUCAAUAUUUACAUGCACUGAUGAUAAUAUUUCAUUCAACUUUUUCUAUUUAAAUGAUUUAAACGUUUUCGUUGAUGUUUUAAUUAGGGAAUUACAAAAUAUUUCAGAUUCUCAAGAAAUUUUAAGAAAUACCUUCUUACGUGUAAUGAUCCCAUUAUUAAAUAAUACAGAAUUAUCAAAAACUCAUUAUAGAAAAGAUGAUAUUAUAGAAGUAUUAACUUCUUUAACUAAUAUAGACAAUAUUUGCUCUAAUGAUAAACCAACUACAGAACAACUUACUACUGUUAGAUUAGCAAAUAAAUGUUUUGCAAAAGUUGCUUGGUUAGAAACAAUUCCACCCAAUACUAAUACGAAAAAUUCAAGUUUAAAAGAAUUAAAGAUUUUUUCACCAGUUACAUCCUCUUUACCUUCUCCAACCAAUAAUUUGAUUUUAAUUCCACCUCCUUUGACAUCUUCAAGAUCUUCUUCAGUAUCAGGCAUGUCUUUAAGAUCCAUGGAUAACUCAAAUAUGCAAUUUUAUAAUAAUGAUGUAUUUGAUUCAUCUGCAGAAUCACUUACAACAAGGAAAAAUAGACCUCCACCGCCUCCACCACCAUCUAGAAAAAGAUUUACAACUCGUUAA